AUGGACGACCAACCUUCGCCAUCCUACCAACCCACGCCGUCAGUGUCUUCACCAACUUACGACUCCUAUCGCAUACCACUCUUCACAUACGUAACACGCACAUCUUCAACCUCUUACACCACAGACAUCCGCCUCUUCUUUGCCAUUACAGUCUUGACUUCGAUCAUUGUGUAUGCAAGGGGCUUUGGAUGGGAAUUCGUGUUGCUGCUACUGGCCGGAGGAGCGGCAGUAUGGAAGACUGCGAAGCCGCGGGAGGGUAUGGAGUUCAAGAGGGUGAGGAGAGCUCUGAGGGCAUGA